CCAUCAGAAUAUUUAAACGUUAUCAUUGGCCCCAAUGGCUCAGGUAAAUCCACACUUGUAUCAGCGAUAGUGUUGUGUUUGGGUGGUGAGCCCAAAUUGCUGGCGCGUUCAAAUUUGAUCAGGGAUUAUGUUAAAAACGGUUGUUCAUCGGCUAAAAUAUCUGUAGAAGUUUGUGCCGAACGAAAGAAUAGGGGAAGCCUUUGUGAUGAAAAAUCGGUGGACUUCACACGCACUUUUGACAAAAGCGAUAAAUCAGAGUAUUUUAUUAACGGUCGUUCCUAUUCACGUCGCAACUAUCUAGAGGCGAUAUCAAAAUUUAACAUCCAAGUAAACAAUCUAUGCCAAUUUUUACCACAGGAUCGUGUUCAGGAUUUCGCUAAAAUGAAUCCUCAGGAAAUUCUUUCGAAUACAAUCAGCUCGGUUUGUAAUGUUGAAAUAUUGGAAAACUUUGAGAAAUUAAAGGAAUUGCAAAACAAUCAGGAAAAUAACCAAAGCACUCAUCAGAAAUUAGUACAAAAACUUGCGGAAAGUAAAAAUCAAAUUAACGAGCUAAAGGGCGAAUUAAAUCGGUUUAAUGUUCGUCAAGAAACUGAAGACAAACUAAUUGCUUGCAAUAUUAAAAAGGUUAUGAGUUGUCUGCAAAUCUUGCAGAAUGAAAACACGGGAACAUAUGCAAAACAAACGGAAUUUAAGAAUCUUGCUACUCAACUAAGGUUACAAAAAGAACAAAAGGAACAAGAUUUCAAACAAGCUGAGACUAAUAAAGUAAAAAUCCUUGAGAAAAUCGAACAUAUAAAGGCAACGAUAAAUAAUAAAAAGAUUGAUUUUCGGAAACGCAAAUGCGAGCAAGCUGAACGGGAAAAAGAUUUACAAAAUGCUGUACAAUUAUUAGAAGUUUAUGUGCAAGAUUUGGAAAAUUUAAAAGCUGAAUGCUCAUCCGACUCUGAGUUAACAAAUGCCUGUAAUCAGAGCAUGGAAUGUCAAAAGGUCGAGCUCAAGCGUUUAAAUCAAAAUCAUACCCGUCUUAAUCAAAGGUUGGAGGAAUUUAAACCGGAAAUAGGUAGUCUAAAGAAACAAAUUGAAAGUUUGGAAAAUGUGGGCGAUCAGAAGCUAUUGUUUUUACAACGAAAUUUUCCCGACGUAUGCACAGCCAUGAAAUGGAUAGAAGAGAACGAGAAUUUAUUUGAAGCACGCGUUUAUAAACCUAUUAUGCUUGAGAUAAACGUCCGCAACCCUGAUCACACCAAAUACUUGGAAAAUACAAUAAUGUUCCGUGACUUCCAGGCCUUCUCUUGUGAGAGCAAAAAUGAUAUGAGUCUUUUAAUUAGUGAGCUAUGUGUUAAAAGGAAAUUAACUGUAAAUAUAGGUCACGCUCCACCGGAUUCAAAAUUUUUACCUGUUAUUCCUAUGAAAAAUCUUCGCCCAUACGGCUUCGAUGCUUAUAUGAUCGACUUGAUAGAUGGGCCCCAUGCAGUUUUAGGUUACUUAUGUUCUUUAUACAGAUUGCACAACAUUCCAAUCGGUGGUAAUGAAGUUAAAGAGUUUAUCGAGCAAAUUCCUGAGCCAAGUACCGUUUAUUUUGGUG